AUGCUCCAAGGGAAGGCCCAGGAGAAGAGUCCUGCCCAGCUUGACGAGCUUCUCCUCUGUGCAAUGAACUGCUACCACAAUGGGCAUUAUGAAAAGGCGCUCACUGUCUUUCAGAUUAUCGCUCUGAGUGUGAAGGUGAUACCAUCAUCCCUUUGGCUUGCGUGCGCCGCAUGCCUCGCCGAAAUCGGGCAUGUGUCGGAGUGCAUCCUCGUCGUGCAAUAUGUCUGCAGCCAGCAGCUCAGUAGAGAGCUCCGCCUCGAGGCACUGACAAUCGUGAUAUCUGCCAUCCUGAACGAGACCUUGUCCACAAGAAACACUCAACAUCUUCUUCAAUUAGAAGCAUACAUAUUUGAGCUACGGGCCAUAGACGAGACAAAUCCUUUGAUCUUCAUAACCUAUGCUCUAUUCUUUACUCGCACAUACAGCUUGGCUCUUCCAAGCUACUUUACCAGCGAGUACAUUGAAACUGUCACCUCCCAGUCUCUUCUAGCAGAGUUCUACAGAGCCCGGCUUCUCCACACCAUGGGCAAGGUGUCUGCUGCCAAUGAGCUAUAUGAAAAGGUCUAUCACUCCACGGAGAUUUUGUGUCGUGAUACGCACACGCUACAAUAUGAGCAUUACAAAGCCCUUUAUAAUGCAGCCCUGGAGGGAUCGCUUAUCUCUGAGCUGUACAUAUACUGUGUGCUAAAAGGACGGACAGAGAUGUGCUCUCUCGGCUAUGUAGACCUACAUGCCAAUGGGGACGACAGUGGUCUGUUCACAGAUGUGGAUGAACAACAGGAGGACUCUCGCACGGUACACAAAUCUGUUCGUGUCGAGUCCCAGAUUUCUAGAGUACAAACGCGAAUCCAUAUGCACUACGCCGCUUUGGCCAAAAGCGGUAUAUCUCUAGCGCCAAACAUUGUAAUGCUUGUCGCAUUAGUAACGCAAGGAAGUGACAUUCUCGUCAAGCAGGUCUCUGGGUCCAUCAACCCUCUUCUCAUCACCCCCAUACUACAUCUCAAUCGCUUUUCAUACUCCAACGCAAAGGAUUUAGUAUUAGCCAUUGCCUCUAGCUUAUCAUACCUGCUCUUGAUAAACGUACAGCCAAAUGACCAUGGCAUGGGCGAACAAUCAAGUCGCAUACAGUAUAUUAGGUUAGUUGAUCAUCCAGGAUAUCGCUCAAUACUUAAUAAUGGUGCUCGAACAGCGAUGAAUGACCUCCGGUGGCAUGAGUUCCCCUGUUUUGCCGCAGAGGGCUCACAAGGUCUUUCGUCUUUCUUGACACCUUUUUUAUCUCUGGAUUUAGAUACUCUUUUAAUACUUAUACGUGAGGGGAACUUUGAGGAUUCUUUUGCGAGAGAUUUUAUAGCAAUCUUUCCCGAUUUGUUUUAUAACAUUGCGCUCAUAGCACUGCGCGCUUCUGACUAUUCUAUCACGCUCCUCUUCCUCUGCAUCAGUAUAUAUGCAUCUGCUGUGAAGUUUCUGCUGUUAGGUGGGGUUGCCAAUGCGCCCUUGUCAAACAUCAGUGCAACUAAGCUGCACCUUGUCAGCAUUGCUUCUUCCAUCAAGCUCUUCCACGACUCACCAGCAAUUCUCGAGACACGCCCAGACAUCUUGAAGAUUCUUCUCCAUGCACCCUUUGAUACCUGCUACGCACUCUGCUACUUCCUUAAGACCUUCGGCUUCUCCAGGCCAUCCCUAUACUUAGCUAUUACGCUCUCUCAUCUGUAUUUCACCCCAAAGCUUCCCAUUUUCAUAGCCAAUCUGCUGCGUGCAGAGGGGGCUCCUCCCCUUAUCCAGGCGUUCUAUUUAUUUGGUCCCAGAGCCACAGCAGUUCUGUCCACUAACAGCACAGAUUCUAGAACUAUUUGGAAUUUGGAGGCUCUGAACUCCAUACAUCCUCGUCUGCUUGCUUACCUUGCACUUUUGGUAGAUCCUACGGAUCAGUCCGAGUCUAUAUCCGUGUACCAGAAGGCACUAAGCACAAGCAUAAAGGCUCAAGAAAAGAAUAAGAUCAGUCAGCUCUUUUGUGAAACAGCCAUGAUUUACCUCGUUACAACGAAGAUAUGCUACUACGUCUCUCAGAAGUAUCUAGUGAGGAAUUUGCACUCAGAUUUCGGCAAAGAUAUCUCGUUAUUUAACAGAAUUGCGCAGGAUAAUGAGGACGUUGUAAGGUUUUUGACUAAAUUGAUAGUGGGCUUAAAUGAGAAGCUCGCAAAUUACGAAAAGACAGUCGAUUACUAUUACAAAUACUUGAACACUGAGUCGUACACAAAGCAUAGGUCGUUUGACUAUUCACCAACUGUUUUCAACCUAAAGAUGUGUCUUACCAACUUAACAUCAGCAAAAGCUGCGCUCUGUGGAGUGUACGGUCAGUCUCUUCUUAACAUGACGUGUCUCCUUAAUCAUAUUAGUUCUCCUGCUUCAUGUGAUAGGAAGGCUUACAUGGGAUAUACGUUCACAGCCGGCUGCAUAGGUCUUGCACAUAGCAGCCCUACAGCUGCUUCAUAUUUUCAAAACGCACUAAUCUCAGGGCUUCUUAUGUGUGUGCUUCCUAGAUCUACCACUGACCAGUCCGGUGCCUAUCUCCUGUCAGUGCUUACACAUGCCAACAAGAACUACGAACGGAUACUAGAAAUCUAUAAUUCUAGCGCACAGGGCGCUGAAGGAAGGACAAAGGAGCCUAUCUGUCUUACGUCCCCCGAAGUCGAUGCGGAAAUUCGAAAUAUCUCUCCGAUAAUCCCCCUUUCUCUCCUUCUCUAUCUAUCUGUCGCUCUCUAUGACGCUGGAAGCUAUAUGGAAUGUCUGUCUAUUUUGAAAACACUACUACUGCAGUAUCCUCUCCCAAGAUACCCUCUACUGAGCACCCUACUAGUCACAGUAUUGGAGGCUGUAAUUGCUCCUAUGAGCGAGCACGUAAUAGGAAGGAAGGUCAAGCUUUUGCAGGCGGAGCUGCGGAGAGUACUUUUUGAGCAGCAACUUGACAGCAACAAAGAGUAUGAUUGGCUCUUCGCAAACCAAUCUGGUGCCCAGUCCAGAUUAAGCAAUAAGGCCGUUCUGCCGGAGAUAGAGAAGACACAGAAACUAUGUGAAGAUCUCAAUUCUCUCACAGGAAUGCCAUCAAACGAUAUACUAUUGAAAAUGUCAGAAACCUAUGCAAGAACUGAAAAUGGAUAUAGUCCACUCAGUGUUAUCCGGGAAAAGAUAAUCGCUGCAAUCAACGAGCAGCUGGAGGCUAUCAGUUCUUUAAAAACACGGUUCAGUGUGCAGCUAGACAAUCUCAUGGAAUUAUACAAGACCACGGCUAAUCUAUUUCAACUGACCAAACAAGAUGCAGAGCUCUGCAUAAUGUACCUGGGCGUAAUGAGUAGCUUGAUACAGGAGACGGCGUCUUGUGUGCAGAGCGAUGCCUCGACGGUUGGAUCAGAGUCGUUGUUCCUUAAUAUACCCUCCUAUCCAUGGCUCUCAGCAACAUAUCCAAGGUUCCUGAGCAAAAUAGGAUCGUCUAAGUCCACCUUCUCCAUGUACUUAUCUCCAGAUACCGAUUACAACUCCUACCAACUGGAGGCCAUGUCUGAUAGAUAUGGGGUUCCCGUAUAUGUGGAGUCCUUUGUAAGGAGCUAUAUGUCUAUCCACAGAAUACCUCUUAUUCGUAAGGUGAGAGAUUAUUAUGCAUAUUACCUUAAGGAAGUAGAAAAUAUCAAUAGAACAGACGCCCUGGUAAAACGGCUCAAAGACUUGGAAAAGAUGCUCAUAAAGGCAAUAAUAACCUGCCAAACAGUUGUGAGGAAUGCGCAGUACACUAAGUCUGCGGUAAAGCUGGAUAUACACGCUAUAGCAAGACAAAACGAAGAGCUUAUGAGACGGAACGACGAGGCCAUCGGAUUGCAUGACCAGCACCGCUACAGGCUUGGUGAAAGAGCAUCAAAGGAGCAUCAGAAGAAACGAAGAGUACAGCACCCUCUGGAUGCAGAGCUGGAGCAGAGAGAUGAGUACUUAUGGGAGGUGCAUAAUACUGAGGUGGGAGUAGGGUCUGAUAGACAUGAUAGCACACCUAUAAGCUCGCGAGACAAUGUGUAUGAGGAGAAUGACCUUCUGGAUCCCCAGAUGCCCUUAAAUAUGGAAGGCACAAGGCUCGACGAGAAUGACGACAUUUAA